GUUAGGAAAACGUAUUCUAGUUUAUAUUUUCAGGUGAUACAUUGAGUUCAAAAGGACUGAAAGUUAGUUAGAAUGUUUAUGGUCAACCACUGCAGAGAAAGGCUCAGGUAAAGCAAAGUCCAGGUGGGGAGGAGAGCGAUGAAUGAGCACCUGCUGAAAAUACUGAUUGUUGGCGAUGGAACCGUUGGCAAAUCCUCCUUUGUGCAUCGCUACGUCAGUGGACAAUUCAACAACAUGUACAAGAUGACAAUGGGAGUGGAUUAUUCUGUGAAGCUGCUGCUCUGGUCGGAUAAAGAAAAAGUCAGACUGCAAAUAUGGGACAUCGCAGGCCAGGAACGUUUCAUAUCAAUGAACAGGAUCUAUUAUAAAGGCGCACUGGGCUGUGUUGUGAUGUUUGACGUCACCAGCUCGGCCAGCUUCCUUAACUGUCGCCAUUGGAAACAGGACCUUGACAACAAAGCCAUUCUGCCCAACGGAGACUUCAUCCCCUGCAUCCUGCUGGCCAACAAGUGUGACCUAGCUCAGCGGGUUGUGUCCGCAGACAGCAUCGACGAGUUCAGUAAGGCCAACGGGUUUGUUACUUGGAUGGAGGUUUCGGUUAAAGAGAACAAGAACAUCGGGGAGGCUAUGAGAGGGAUUUUCAGUGAGUGGAUGGCAGCAUGGAAACAAGAGGAUUCUAAGGAUCUGAUAUGUCUCGAGAUUGGUGCAGGAGAUAUUGUCGGUUCAGUCCAGUCUGGACCCGCUCCAACCCAGACCUGAAGAAUGCGUUAACCCUCAACUGGACUCAGAGUGCAACAGAGCAGCAGGCUGCUGCUGAAUCACAGCGACAAGCUAAUACAGACGGGACCUGCUCAGUAGUUUAGAUCCUCAAGUUGUUUGGGGCGCAACUGAGCAAAGCACUUUACCCUCAAGUGCUUUUAGAAGCGGACAGUAGAAGCACAUGGAGGCUGCGAGUGGAGGCACUCUAGAUGUCGAUGUAGGGAGGUGGAGAUUGGUUAUGCUGCUGAGCAGAUACUUCUGUUCAUGUGUGUGUCUGCAUGGAUCUAAAAUGGUUCAACAAGAACUGAAUCAACACACAGUUAUCUAAAAUUUGAUCAAUAUUCGAUUCAAGUUCAUUUUAGUUCGUAUUACCCCAGCAAACACAGUGAUCGCCACUAUGGGGGAAGGACGAGGAAAAGAGAUAGGCAUGAAGAAACAGACGGAGCAGAGGCAAAGUGUGAGAACAAGGUGAGGAGCGUGUUCAGCAAGACGCCAGGUCACCUCCUCCAUUAGGCUGAAACACAUGGUGUGUGUUGCGUUCCAAUACCUAUACUAACAUACUAUUUAGUAUGCGAAAACAAGAUUUACUGUGUCCCUAAUGCAUAGCAAGUCAAAUACAAUAUGCCAAAAAUACCAUGAUGUCCUACUGCAUCUGCUCCAUUUUUACAGUAUGCAAGCCAACAAGCUUUUCUGACUAUUCUGACCCACAAUCCUAUGCAUAGCAGAUAUAUUAGCAUGGAAUCAGAGUCCAAGGUGCCAUGAUAUGAGAAAGUAAGGUGUCCCUAUGGAAUGCAUACUGCAUGCAACAGUAAAUAUGUGUACGUCAGCUGCAGUUUGCAAUAAAAGUA